AUGGCUCCUAACAAGCAAGCUGUUAUCUGUGUCUUCUGUGGCGCGACAGCAGGCAAAGACCCAAUUCACUUCGAAGCAGCCCGAAUCCUCGCCCAGGAAUUCCACAAGCACAAUGUCCAACUAGUCUACGGUGGCGGUACAACAGGAUUAAUGGGCGAGAUCGCCCGCACCCUAGUCUCCCUCUCAGGCCCCAAAGCCGUCCACGGUGUGAUCCCACGCGCGCUCGUCCGAGUCUCCACAAAGAGCAAUGGCAACGGCGAGGCCACACCGAACGGCGAGAGCGCCAACGGUGGUGGCAAAGAUGCUGAGCGGGUAGUCUCGGAGUCGCUGGAUUCUGAAGGGAUUCCGGAGUCAGAGUACGGAAUUACCACGAUCGUACCGGACAUGCACACUCGCAAGCGGUUGAUGGCGACUAAGGUGCUGGAGGGAGGGCCUGGGUCUGGAUUUGUGUCAUUGGCUGGUGGAUUCGGAACGAUCGAAGAAGUGAUGGAGAUGACUACGUGGAAUCAGCUUGGAAUCCACAAGGUCGGUGUUGUUUUACUGAAUAUCAAUGGGUACUGGGAUGGAGUGCUCGCUUGGGUAAAGAACGCGGUGGAGCAGGGCUUCAUCAGUCCCGAGAAUGGAAGGAUUCUUGCUCAAACAUCCGAUCCCAAGGAGGUUUGGGACAAGCUUUUGGAAUACCAGGUUAGCAGUGAGCGGAUGCAGUUGAACUGGGGUGAAGAGUGA